UGGCGCGCAGGCCAAACCAAGCUCGCGGCGGCAGAAUGGCGGCGGCGGCGGCGGCGGAGGAGGAGCCGUGCUGCUGCAUCUCCCACGCGUUCGACCGCGCCGCGCGGCAUGACCCCGCCCGCCUCUCAUUCGUCCACGCGGCCCCGGCGGCGGCGGCAGACGACGGCGAGCGCCGCUUCACCUGCGGCGACCUCCUCUCCGCCGUCUCCUCCCUUUCCCGCCGCAUCGCCGCCGCGCUUCCUCUCCCUGCCCCCGACCCCCGCCGCGACGGUGGCUCCCCAGGCUGCUCGGAUCGGCACGGGGGAAGCGCCGGCGCGACGCCCAGGGUCGUGGGUGUGUACGCGUCGCCGUCGGUGGAGUACAUCGCCGCCGUCCUCGCCGUGCUCAGGUUGGGGGAGGCGUUCCUGCCGCUGGACCCGUCGUGGCCAGAGGAGAGGGUUCAGUCGGCCGUGUCAGCGUCAAACGCGGCGCUGGUCGUAUCGUCAGGGGGUUCGCGAGCAGAAGCUGUGUUCAAGAGCAUCGCUUGCCCUGUCCUACGUUUGGACGGGGACGUCCGGCAGUGGUCCGGCGUUGGAGGGGUUGGGAUCGGUGGAGAGGAGCUUCCUUGGCCGUGCGAGCGCGAGAGGCCGCGGGAGUUCUGCUAUGUCAUGUUCACCUCUGGUUCCACUGGAAGACCCAAAGGUGUUUGUGGAACCGAGAAAGGUCUUCUGAACCGCUUUUUGUGGAUGCAAAUAAGGAAUCCUUUGUGCUCGGACGAUGUGCUAUUGUUUAAGACAUCUGUCAGCUUUGUUGACCAUCUUCAGGAGUUUCUUUCUGCUGUGUUGACUAGCACAACACUUAUCAUUCCUCCCAAUGACUGGAGAGCUAAUCCAGCAUCGUUGGCCAACUUGAUUAAGGCAUACCGUAUAUCAAGGGUGACUCUGGUUCCGUCACUGAUGGACAUAGUACUACCUUCCCUGGAGAAAAAUCUUUCAUGUGGAUAUAACUCUCUCAAGAUCAUAGUAUUUAGUGGGGAGAACCUGUCCUUAGGUCUGUGGAAGAGAGUCCAUGAAAUUCUGCCAGAGACUACCAUCAUAAAUCUGUAUGGAACAACAGAGGUUUCUGGUGACUGUACAUUCUUUGAUUCCAAAGAUCUGACUGCAAUUUUAGAGCAUGAAGAAAUAACUAGUGUACCAAUUGGAUUUCCUAUUUCAAAUUGUGAAGUUUUUCUUGUGACAAAUGAUGGGAUAGCAGAUGAAGGUGAAAUUUGUGUCAGUGGAGCAUGUCUAUUCAGUGGUUAUUUAGCAGAGUUAGUGAGGAAUCACGCCGAAUGCAGUAAAAGUUCAACAUACUACAGAACAGGUGACUAUGCUCGACGUCUCAAGACUGGUGAACUUAUUUUCCUUGGGAGAAAGGACCGUAUUGUAAAAAGUUAUGGGCAGCGGUUUUCACUAGAAGAGGUAGAAUCCACCUUAAUGGAACAUCCUGAUGUCAGCAGUGCUGCAGUUACUUUCCAAAGUAAAGGGUCUCAAGAUUAUACUGCAUACCUGGUGUUGAAGAGUAAGGACGAAAUAGUGAAAGACAGCCCGCAGUAUAGAGAAGUAAGUUCUGAUGGUAUCAUCACAUCAGUUCGAAGUUGGCUCAUCAAGAAGGUUCCACCAGCUAUGACUCCAAACUUGUUCCUCCCCAUGAAAUCAUUACCUUUGACUUCUUCAGGAAAGGUUGACUAUGUCAAGUUAUCAAGUUUGGAGUGUCCUUUGGAGCCACUUGAAGUUCAGUCUGGAAAUGCUCCAGUUAAUCCACAUUUACAAGUUAUUAAAAAGGCAUUUUGUGAUGCUCUACUUGUUGAUGAAGUUUCCGAGUUUGAUGAUUUCUUCACUUUGGGUGGUAACUCAAUUUCUGCCGCGCAUGCAGCGCACAAGUUGGAGAUUGACAUGAGACUGCUUUAUAUCUAUCCAACCCCUUCUAAGCUUUUGCAUGCUUUAGUUGUGGACUACAGUAGUUCCAUUUCUCCAAUUGACGAGUCUCACCCUAAGAAGGGCCUGAACGUAUCUGCAAGCAUACAGAGAUCAUCUGACCCAUUUGCUGCAAAUGUGGAUGAUAGUUUUUAUGAAGGCAAAGCACAGAUAAAUGGAAAGCGUGCACAUGGUCACAUUGCAGGGAGAUAUGGAAAUGAAACAGAUGGCCGGCUUAACAAAUAUACAUUCUCUCCCAACGAUAGAUAUCAGGCAAAAAAUCUCUGCAUGGAUACAUGCUCGAAGGACAAAAGCAAUGUCAUGGGCAGUCAGUGGAUCCUGAAUUUUUGUUUACAAAAGAAGUGGUCUAUUGGGCGUUGCAACAGAUUUAUGCAUGUUUAUGAAGGGAAAAUGCAGAUUGGUGAUGUAUGCUCAUACGUCUCAUGCAACAAAAGAGGUUAUCUUCAGGAACUUUGGAACGUUCCUUUAGAUUCAUGUGUUGAUGCCUCACCUUUGCUUGUCCUGAACAAUGGGAUGCUGAACAUAUUUAUUGGGUCUCAUUCACAUUUAUUUCUCUGCAUUGAUGGUUGCAGUGGGUCGGUGAGGUGGAGUGUGAAAUUGGAAGGACGCGUGGAGUGUUCAGCUGCUAUAACUGGUGAUUUUUCAGAGGUUGUUGUUGGAUGUUAUAAAGGGAAAAUUUACUUUCAUGAUAUAUCAACUGGUAAACUAUCUUGGACAGUUCAAACAGAUGGAGAGGUAAAGAUGCAACCAGUUGUUGACAAGGCAAGGAAUUUAAUAUGGUGUGGGUCUCAUGACCAUCAUUUAUACGCACUAAAUUACAAAGACCGUUGCUGCACUUACAAAGUUUCUUGUGGUGGAAGCAUUUAUGGUUCUCCUGCUGUAGACAUGGCACACAACAUAAUCCAUGUUGCAUGUACGAGUGGUCUUGUAACUGCAAUAUCCCUUGAGCAGGUUUCAUCAUUCAGAAUAGUUUGGCACUAUGAAGCUGGGGCUCCAAUUUUCAGUUCUCUUGCCAUAGAUCAUCAAAGUGGAAAUGUUGUUUGUUGCUUGGUGAACGGUCUGGUGAUCGCGUUAAACUCACAUGGCACUGUUGUCUGGAAGGCAACUGUUGGUGGUCCUAUUUUUGCUGGUGCAUGUGUGUCAUCUGCCCUUCCUUCUCAGGUGUUGAUACCCUCCCGUGAUGGACGUUUGUAUUCCUUUGAAAUUACAUCUGGUGAUCUUCUUUGGUCCUAUGAAGUCGGUGGCCCGAUUACUGCGUCCGUUUUUGUUGAUGAAGUACUAUCAUCACUGCCGUCUGUAUCAUCUGAUAGAUUUGCUUGUAUCUGCACAAGUUCUGGAAAGGUUCAUGUCCUUAGAAUUACAGCUGAUGCUAAACAGGACAAAGUUGGUUACUUUGUGCAAGGCUUUGCUGUCAUGGAUCUUCCUGGAGACAUCUUCUCAUCGCCCUUGAUGGUGGGUGGGCGCAUUUUUGUCGGAUGCAGAGAUGAUCGGCUACACUGUCUCUCAGUCACCACACAGCUCUAAGCAAUGUCACUUAAGUGAAUGGUGUGUAAUUAUCUUUCCUUGCUGUAAGCCGCUCAAUCUGGUAUCUUCAUCCUUCCAUGCUUCCA